CAUUGGCCGCGCGGGCUGGGCGGGCGGGGCCGGGCCCGGCGGCGGCGGGGCCGCGCUGCAGCCUCGGCCGGGGAGCGCCGUGCUCGCAUCGCUGGGCGCUGCCGCCGCCGGGCUGGGAGGAGGCAUUCCAGCAGCUGCGCGUCUUCUGCUCCUGGUCUUUUUUCUCCCCCGCGAAUCUCUGCAAAGACAAGUUAUGUCCACAGCUACUCUGAUUACCCUGGUGCGGAAUGGGGGGUUCCAAGUGAGGAGGCGAGCCGCGCUCACGUCGCGCUUCCUGCAGGACGAGAAGCGCCCCGCAGCCGCCUGCUCCAUCUCCACCUGCGAGCGCCGCGCCUCCCGCUUCGACCCCGAAGGCAGCGGGCGGCCCACCACAUGGGACACCUUCGGCAUCUGGGACAACCGCAUCGAUGAGCCCAUUCUCCUCCCACCCAGCAUCAAGUACGGCAAGCCGAUCCCAAAGGUGAGCCUGAGCAACGUGGGCAGCGCCAGCCACAUCGGGAAGAGAAAGGAGAACGAGGACCGUUUCGAUUACGCUCAGCUGACAGAGGAUAUCCUGUACUUCGCGGUGUACGAUGGGCACGGCGGGGCAGCAGCUGCAGACUUCUGCGAAAAGUACAUGGAAAAAUAUAUUAAGGAAUUUCUUGCUGAGGAGGACAACUUGGAAAAUGUUUUGAGUAAAGCUUUUCUAGAAAUAGACAAAGCGUACGAAAGGCAUGCUAAUCUCUCUGCUGACGCAACUCUGCUGAACUCUGGGACCACUGCAACAGUGGCUCUGCUGCGGGAUGGAAUUGAGCUGGUUGUGGCAAGCGUGGGAGACAGUCGUGCUCUGCUGUGCCGGAAGGGAAAGGCUGUGAAACUCACCACUGACCAUACUCCAGAGAGAAAGGAGGAGAAGGAAAGGAUUAAGAAGUGUGGUGGCUUCGUUUCCUGGAACAGUGUGGGACAGCCUCACGUGAACGGUAGACUUGCAAUGACGCGGAGCAUAGGAGAUUUGGAUCUUAAAAACAGUGGUGUGAUAGCCCAGCCUGAAACAAAAAGGGUUCAGCUGCACCAUGCAGAUGACAGCUUCCUGGUGCUGACCACUGACGGCAUCAACUUCAUAGUGAACAGCCAGGAGAUCUGUGACUCCAUCAGCCAGUGCCACGACCCUGCUGAGGCUGCCCACAUGGUCACUGAGCAGGCAGCGCAGUUUGGCUCUGAAGACAACGGCACAGUUGUCAUAGUGCCAUUUGGAGCUUGGGGCAAGUACAAGAACGGGGAGAUCACCUUCUCCUUCAGCCGCAGCUUUGCUUCCAGCGGGAGGUGGGCGUGAAGACAACGCCACAGCCAUCCUUCGCUGCUGUCACCUGGCCACAGCGUGCUACAGGAGAACACUUCCAUCUGUUCCUAGGCUGACUCAGUGUCUUGUCCAUCUCUUCUGUUCCCAGUGCUAGAAGGUGCCACUGCUCCCUUGGUGCGUAGUGCCCGUUGUUGCUUAUGGCUGACCGUGUCUUGCUGCCUGCGUUAUUCCAGGUGGCAGCGGGCAGCGCCCUGGGUUUGUAGCCCCAGCAGCUCCACACACCACUUUGUUCACACAGAUGAGGUUCUGGGCUUUCACCUGAGGCUGGAGGGGGUGCACAGUCAUUUCAUGCCUACCUGUAUUCCCCAGUACCCUCAGUUCCCUGGCAGCUGUGAAUCCCUGAGCCACAUGCUGGCUUCCUUAUUUGGUAAAACACAGGGGAACAAACGCACAAUGUUCUUAGGUAGACAGAAAGGUUUGUUGUCUUUUCUGCUGCAACCACCCAAAGCUUCCCUGUGCUCCAGGAGAAGUGGGUGAAAAAUAAAGGAGAAGUUUCAGAAUGUUUAGGUUCUGAUGCCAGUGGCAUUUGGUGUAGCUGUACAAGUUCCUGCGACAGUGCUGCUUUAUGCUCCCACUGCCGUCAUCUGUGAUCCUCUAGCUCCAAGGAGACAGACCAGGCUGGAGCCACGUGCUGUUGGACAGAUGGGAACCUUCCUCCAUUGGGUCCAAAGCCUGUACAGUCUCUGUGGACCAUGCAGCAGCCCCUUGCACUGUCUUCUCUUUGCUGUCAGUGCCUGACAGAAGCACAGAGGAGGGAAAAAGACGCACAGUUUCGAUAUCCAGAGACUCAUCAACUUGAAUUUCUUUUUUUUUUUUUAAUAAAGAAAAUAAGCUAAUUUCAAAGA